AUGUCUGGCUUCGACUACUCGAAGUGGGACCGACUCGAAAUAAGUGAUGAUGAGACUACGUUCCAUCCGAAUUUGGACACUGGCUUGAACAUCCGUGUGAACAGAAUAACGCGAGACAGAAAAGAGGAGGAGAUUGAAAGUGAGAAGAAGAAGUUGAUGGAGAAGGGCGAAAAGGACAAGGCAGAGAAGCUGGAGUCCAAGCGGCCUUUGCACGUCAACAACGUUUGCCACGUGGCGGAGGAACGAACCAUCAUCCAAUCCAGUGACGGUUCUAGAAAAGACAAGCUGAAAAAGGGCGAGGAGUCCUUCAGCGUCGAUGAUUACACUCUUUUUAAGACGGACAACAAGGCCAUCCUGGACAAGUUUGCCAACGCUGAUUGGGAGACGUCCGAAGGCCUCUGCAAGGAGUAUGGGCACAUCUUGAUGGAUGAUUAUGCCAACAGUUACUUCAUGUUGGCGGCUUUGGAUGCUGAGAUGAAAGGCGACAGGAAGGAGAUGGAAAAGCUGGCGAGACAGGGCCAGAUCAUCUCACAGAUCCAUCAGCUCGCUGAGCCUAUGCGGCGGCCGGCCCGAGAUUUGGUGCCACGAUUCUUUGAAAAGUUCCGCAAUGAUGCCUCGAGGAUGGCGUUUCAGGAGGGUGUGGAUCACUUCAAGAAGCAUUUGAUCCAACGAGCCAUCGUCAAGAAGCAGGAGGAGGCCGAGGAGGCGAAGAAAGCGCCUCCGGCAGAAGUGGCCGAAGAGGAUAUGGAGCCCGUGUCGCUCGUAGAGGCCAUGUACAGCAUGGAAAAGGAGGAGCGCAUGGGCCCUGGCGGUCUCGACCCCGUGGAGGUCUUCGAGAGCUUGCCCUUGGAAUUGCAAGAGUGCUUCAAGACCGGGGAUGUGGAAAAGCUGAAAGAGGUAGCACAGACUAUGGAGCCGAAAGACUUCGAGCACCAUUUUCAGCGAUGCAUUGACGCAGGUCUCUGGAGCCGAGGUUGA